GGUCACUGAAUCGUUUGGUCUAGCGUACCAAAACAAACAUGGUAGCGGUCUUCUGGCGUUUUGCGCUGAAGUGUGCUUUUUCGUUUGUGCGACGCUAACGGCGCAAGCCGGCGUUUGAACACUACCUCUGUCCUGCCUGACAGUAGGCACAUAACCUGCACAUUUCGGUUGCCUGCGAUCAGGUCGCACGGCUUUCGAUCCGACAUGCCGUUGAAGAAGAAAGUAGAAAACCUGUCCGGUGUGCGCUGUCAGAAGUGCCUCGAACUCGGCCAUUGGACUUAUCAGUGCACUGGAAAGCGCAAAUAUGUUCACAGAGAUUCUAGGACGACAAUGCUCAAAAACAACGUGAAGAAACAACUCCUAGCAAGCACAGUGCAACUGAAGAAACCUGUACAGCCCACCAGGCGAAGUUCCGAAAAGUCUUCCAGUGGCUCAGAUGGAGAGUCUCACAGUGGAGACGAGUCAGAUUCUAGCAGCAGCUCAUCCAGCAGCAACAGCUCAUCUAGUAGCAGCAACAGCAGCAGCAGUAGUUCCAGUUCCAGCAGUAGUGGCAGCUCCAGUAGCAGCAGCAGCAGUAGUAGUAGCAGUAGCACAUCCUCCUCGUCAAGCUCUACCUCAAAAAAGCCACUACCAAAGCGAAGUAAAGUCAAAUGACAGGCACAGAUGUGAAA